AUGGCAACCUACAACGUUUUGGGGGAAAUAACUACAAUUGACGAAGAUGAAACCAUAAUAUCUUAUCAAUAUUCAAGAAUUAAAAAAAUAGAAAAUGUGGAAAAAUGUAGAAAGUUAAAAACCCUGCAGCUCAUAUCUAACUGUAUUGAAAAAAUAGAAAACCUAGACAACAAUUUGGAACUUGAACAUUUAGAAUUAUAUGAAAACAUGAUUAAAAAAAUAGAAAACAUAUCAAUGUUAGUAAAGUUAAGGGUGUUAGACCUCUCUUUCAACAAGAUAAAAAUAAUUGAAAAUUUAGAAACUCUUGUAAACCUGGAAGAGUUAUACCUAUCUAGUAACAAAAUUACAAAGAUCGAAAACUUGCACAAUUGUAAAAAGCUGAAGCUAUUAGAAUUAGGUUAUAAUAAAAUUAGAAAAAUAGAAAACCUAGAAAACUUGACAAAUUUAGAAGAAUUGUGGCUAGGAAAAAAUAAAAUAGAAGAAUUAGACUUACCACAUUUACCAAAAUUAAAAAAAUUAAGUUUACAGCAUAAUAGACUAACCAGUUGGUCUGAUAAAUCCAUUAAGAACAUCUUACACAUCAAUGAGUUAUACUUGAGUUAUAACAAACUAAAUUCCAUUUUAGACAGAAUAAAAGAUUUAAAAUAUUUAAAAGUACUAGACUUAUCAUAUAACGAAAUUGAUGAUAUAGUAAUAUGUUCAGAGUUAAAAUCAUUAGAAGAGUUAUGGUUAAAUAAUAAUAAUAUUAACAAUAUAGAAAUGAUUGAACAGUUAAGGAAAAAUGAAAACCUUCAAACAUUGUAUUUAGAGAAAAAUCAAAUCCAGGAUAUGUUAAAAGAAAGUUAUAGGAAUAAAGUAAUAAGUAUUCUUCCCCAGUUGAAACAGUUGGACGCUCUGCUUAUUGCACCCAUAAAGGUAACGCAAGCUGAGUAG